AUGGCACACCCUGGGGACAUUGAGCUACGCGGCGUAUAUCCACUCGCAGACAGCAUAGUCGCUCUUGGAACACUCUUUGUCUAUCUGGCAUCAGAAUCUAUCUCGAAAAGGGCCAGAAAAGCAAGCGAAACACUCCCAACAGGCCCAAAGCAACACCUUGCCCUCGGAAACGUCUUCAAUUUCCCCAAGGACAGGUGGCACGAAGCCCUUACGAGCUGGGGCAAGGAAUACGGGGACAUCGCCUAUGUCAGCCUCGCUGGCAUCGACAUGGUCCUCAAUUCUCUCGAGGCAGUUCAAGAACUCACAGUCAACCGAGCGAGCAUUUACUCUGAAAGACCCUAUUCGAUCAUGUCAAAUGGGCUGCAUGUAACAAUUCUAUAUAUGGCAUGCCAACUCACCUCUCCAGGAUGGCACAAGGAUGGUGCUUCGAGGCACUGGGCCAAAUUUUACCGAACAACAAAAAAUCUUUCACAGAUUUCUCAGAAAAUAGAGUGUUUCAUCUGGCAAUUCGCAAGAUUUUUUGGAGAUCCCUAUGAGCCGCUCAUGAAAACCGCGGAUGGGAUCCUGACCACGAUUGCAUAUGGAGAAACGAUAAACAAGGAACACGGCGAAACACAAGUCGAGCUCGACAAGCAGAGCACCAAGUUGAGUUCCUGGGUGUUUACCAGGGCCUUGAUGGUAGAUGUAAUCCCCGCACUGCGCUACAUACUCUCCUGGGUGCCCGCAACGCAGUUCAAGCAUAUAGCCGCAAGAGGUGCGUGUCUGGCCAACGAGAUUUGGUACUGGGCAUGCGGCCUGGUUAAAGCGGCAGUGCAUGAGGCUGAUGGCACAGCUGACGAUUCAAUCGUCUCUAAUCAAAUAAACAAGCCGGAUAUCUCAAAUGCCAACCUUCGAGAUGCUGUCGCGACCAUGUAUGGCGCCGGAGUUGACACAACCGCCAUAUCUAUCACAAACUCUCUGUAUGCUAUGGUGCUGCAUCAAGAAAAGAUACGAAGGGAGAUGGAGGUAGCUCUUGGUCAAGGUCGCCUGCCCACCAUGGAGGACGUAACAAAGCUUGAGACCUUCAAUAAAGCCUGGAAGGACUCCUUUCGCUGGAAUCUACCCAUGCCACUAGGCGUCCCUAAUGUGAGCAACAAAAGCAUACAUGAAAAGGGCAUUAUAUACCAAAAGGCACAAUUAUUCAAUGCAAUGUUGGGUUCGCAUGACUGA